AUGGCUAUGGAUACUGGUUUAUUAACAGCAAUUACCUUGGGAGUAGUACUUAUAAGAUAUCCUGUUGAUCUUCCUUUAUGGAUUGACUGGUUGAUUGGCACAAUUGCGGAAGUUAUUGGUAUUUCUAUUGAUAAUUUUAAGCUUCUUGGAUGUCUUAUUUUUUCGUAUCCUUCAGCAUGUUUUUUGAGAAAAUUGCCCUCUAAGAAGCCUUAUUUUAAAAAUAUAUUCAAUAUUAUUAUUUCUGUUUUUUUUUUGAUUGUCUUUAAUUUUUGGUAUGCUUUGCAAACAGUCCUUAUUAGUGCAACUGGGACGUAUAUUAUUGUUAAAUAUAUCAAGGGAAAAUAUAUGCCGCUUAUUGCAUUUAUUUUUUUAAUAGGACAUUUGAGUGUUAAUCAUUUUUGCCGUCAGUUUUUUAAUCUUGAUCCUGGAAUGGAUGUUACGUCUAUCCAAAUGGUUCUUUGUAUGAAGCUUACAGCAUUUGCAUGGAAUGUUUAUGAUGGUCGACAAGAUCUAUUAACAUUAACUCAAAAACAAAGAAAAUAUUGUUUAAAAGAACUUCCAUCUUUGUUGGAUUAUCUUGGUUAUAUAUUUUUUUUUCCAUCUUUUAUUGUAGGACCUUCUUUUGACAUGGCUGAUUAUUAUCAUUGGUUGACAAACGGUACUUCAACUUAUGUACCUAAAAAAAAACAUGCCGAUAAGCUUAAAAAACGGUUAUUAAGGAAAGAUAGAUAUUAUGCAUUAAAGAAAUUUGUUUCUGGUUUGUUUUAUCUUUGUUUAUUUCAAUUGAUGUCUUUAUAUUUUUCUACGGCUUUUGUUCUUAAUGAUGAAUUCCUUGAAACAACUCGAAUUUACAGAUUUUUAUAUCUUAUUCCUUUGUCAAUAACACAUCGUUUAAAAUAUUAUGGUGUUUGGUCAAUUGCUGAAGGUGCAUGUAUUUUGUCGGGUAUAGGUGAUGUUACAAGAAACCAUAAUGGUGAUAUUAUUCAUAAUUCUCUUGAAAAUAUCAAUCCAUAUGAUGUUGAAAUGGCACAGAAUACUAAACAGUUGUUUGAGGCUUGGAAUAAAAGUGCAAAUCGAUGGUUAAAAUAUUAUGUUUAUUUAAGAGUAAUAUCUUAUAAUGAUAAUGCAAAAUUUAAAGGCUCCUUUGUAACAUUUAUGGUAAGUGCUUUAUGGCAUGGGUUUUAUCCGGGUUAUUAUUUAUCUUUUAUAACUGGAGCAUUUGUACAAAUUUUGGGAAAAUAUUUUAGAAAACAUAUUCGACCUCUUUUUUUAACUAAAGACAUGAAACCAACUAGAUACAAAAUAUUUUAUGAUGUAUUAUCGUUACUAACCAUGCAAUUAACAUGGGGAUAUAUUGCGCAGCCUUUUGUUAUUCUUGGUUUAUGGGAUUCUUUACGUUUUUGGCAACGUUAUGAUUUUUUUGUGCAUUUUGGAAUUCUUGUCUUGUUCUUACUAUUUCUAAGUCCUUUGAAGGCUUUGGUAUAUUAAUUUGACAUUUUUAUUAAAAUUUUCAUAUUGAAUUAUAAUGGCUUUUUAUACAUUUUUAAUGCGAAAAAAUGGCUAAUU